AUGACGACUCCAUCACCUCUCCCGGACCGCGCCUACCAUAGGUCGGGCUUCCCCAGCCUCUUCGAGGUCCUGAGUCGGAAGACCCUCCCGCCCGUCGACCUGUUCUCGUUCUACAUCUACAUGCGCGACCAGCAGCGCUCGGUUGACUACUUGGACUUCUGGCUUGAUGUCUCGCAACAUCUCUCGCUCUGCCGACACUAUGUUCGCCGCCUUCACCGAUCCGUCAUCGAAGACACCCCGGAACUGGAGAAAGAGACUAGCAAGCGUUCCUCGUACAUCCUAGACAACGCGGGCGAGGGCCCCUCCAACGAGAAGGGUAGCACCUCAGACCAGCGCCUCUCCGCGUUCCUGCGUUCCGACCAUGGGAGCACCAACCACUCACCCCAGGGCAGUCUGGGAAGCAACCGCUCGACUCCGGGAAUGGAGCGACCCCGACCUAGCUUCAUGACCAAUGAUGGUAGCUCUCCCGGCAAUAAUUCGAGCUCGCCAGGCCAGAUCUCGUCCGGAGCGGACAAUGUCCCCAAGCGCGAGGACCUCCGUGCUUCUGCUGAGAAGAUUCUGUACACCUACCUUCUACCCGGCUCCGAGCGUGAGAUCAUCAUUCCCCAGGGUAUCCUCAACGACAUCCAGGAAGCCAUCGAGGGCCCCGAUCAGCGUAGCGACCCAGAGCUAUUCGAUGCUGCCAAGGACUACGUCUUUCAAGCCAUGGAGCGUGACGCUUUCCCAGGCUUCCUCCAGAGCAAGGGUCUCGGCAACAUUGUGCCACCGAGCAUGAUGAUGCGCUUGAUCAUCGGUUUGCUGGCCUUGUUCGGCGGUUUCUGGACUGCCUUCAUCCUGAUCUUCCGGGACGCGUCUAGAAGCACUAGAUGCUGGAUCAUCCUCCCUUUCACUAUCUGCGUCUACGCCCUCUUCUCGCACCAGUGGCAGCUUGACCCAGUUCUCGUUCUCGCCGGCUUCAGCGAGUACACGUUCAUGGACUUCUCUCGCAUCCGCGAACCAUUCAUCAAGUCAAUUUUGACUAGACGCGCCAUCGUACUUCUAGCUGCGAUGAUCGUAGCCGACACAGCGUUCUGUUGUCUCUUCAUCUUUGUCCCUGGAAAGAUGCUGUGA